UUGGACCCAGACGAGGCAGUUGGGGUGGUGCAUCGUACUCGCCCCCACAUCAAUAUCCAUACAACGAAGGUUCAGGUUCCUACCCGCCAUCUGGCGGCCCACCAGGAUAUUAUCAUCAAAAUCCUCCUCGCUCACCCUCGUACCCAGGGCCGCCAUCAGGGAAUCACCGCGGGCAUCGAGGCGGGUCCCGGGGUGGUGCCCUUUAUCAAGGGCGGAACCAUCGAGGAUCUAACUAUAAGAAUGGGAACUUCGGUCCCGGCAAUCAUUCACAAUCCUCGCGAGGUCACUAUUCGCAAGAGGAGCCCCACGAAGAUGAUGAAAUACAUGUGGAGGACGAACCUACGAACGGCGACUGCGAAACAAACGAGGACACUUUUCGACCACAGGAUGAAGAAGAAGGAGCUUCCAAUCAGGGGGAUCAAUCAACAAGUAUUCCCCGGGGGCCAUCAGGCCGACCACCGCCAACCGGGCCAAGUAGGCAAUCGAAUUCAGCUGGAAACAUCCAGCUCCGUCUUCUUUAGGAAACCUGGCAAUGAGUCCGUCGUAGGCUCUGGCACAUAUGGCAAAGUUUUCAAAGGUUUGAAUGUCUAUACCAAGGGCCUGGUCGCCCUCAAGCGCAUACGCAUGGAAGGAGAGCGAGAUGGUUUUCCGGUCACUGCCGUGCGCGAGAUCAAGCUACUCCAAUCUCUUCGGCACACAAACAUAGUCAACCUGCAGGAGGUCAUGGUUGAGAAGAACGACUGUUUCAUGGUGUUUGAAUAUCUAUCCCAUGAUUUGACGGGCUUGCUGAAUCACCCGACUUUCAAGAUGGAGCCCGCACAGAAGAAACACAUGGCCAAGCAAUUGUUUGAAGCGCUUGAUUACCUACAUACGAGAGGGGUCCUUCAUCGUGACAUCAAAGCCGCCAAUAUUUUAGUGAGCAACGAAGGCGUGUUGAAACUUGCUGAUUUUGGCUUGGCCCGCUUCUACGCCAAGCACCACCAGCUUGACUACACCAACCGAGUCAUCACGAUAUGGUACCGAUCACCAGAGCUUUUGCUGGGAGAGACGAAAUAUACUGCCGCUGUGGAUGUUUGGAGUGCCGCCUGCGUCAUGGUUGAAAUCUUCACGCGGCACGCCAUCUUUGCAGGUGAUGGGACAGAGCUCAGUCAAUUGGAUAAGAUCUACAACAUUCUUGGCACCCCAAACCGGCAAGAUUGGCCUGGCCUUGUAGAUAUGGCAUGGUUCGAACUUCUCAGACCAACUGCGAGGAGGAGGAAUGUAUUUGCAGAAAAGUACGGGGAGCGCGUCACGCCCGCCGCGUUCGACCUCCUCUCCGCCAUGUUUCGAUACGACCCAGCUGCUCGUCCAACCGCGGCCGAGGUCCUGCAGCAUCCCUACUUUACCACAGAAGAGCCGCUACCGAAGCAAGCGCUUGAGCUGAAGAGUAUCGACGGAGACUGGCACGAGUUCGAGUCCAAAGCCCUGCGCAAAGAGAACGAGAGGCGGGAUCGCGAGGCUCGCAAGGCCACUAAGGAUGCUGCCGCUGCUAGUCGUGCGAGGGAUAAGAAGCGAGCGCACGACAGUAUCGACCAAUCGCGAGACCCAAAGAGGGUACAUGUGGAUGCAGUGACAGACGAUGCCGCCCCAGUGACGGCCGUCGAAAACGUCCCGGAGACAUCUAACCUUGAGGAGCACUAA